UAUUCGUAUGAAAUGCUGAGAUAUUUGCAAAGCUCCGGACCACAGGUGUAUGCAGUGGGGAACGAACACGCGCUGUUGUCCUUACCGGGGAGCAGCGCACUUCACCACUACACCAUCCGGGUCUUUCGCUUUGCCUGUAUCUCAGCUAGUUCUAUCGAUCUUUUUUGCCAUCAGCAAUCACCCGCACAUUUCCAGAUGAGGAAGGGAAUAAAUACGAUGCACAAGACCGAGCUACAGAUGAUCACUCAGGCGGUAAUUUUAUUUCUGGUGUUGGCGAGUUUGAUGACUUUCUGGCAUUAUCACCAACUUUUCCUUCCGGAUUCGAUAUGGACGAUGUUUGCCAUAAAUCUUUACUGGAUCAUGUAUUGUGGUCUGAAUCCGCUCUUGUACUUAGCAUGUUCGAACAAACUAUUCUUGAAAAAUCGUUACAGUCACUCAAUCCCAAUCCAUCACUUUUGUUUAAAGAGCGCUGCCACCGUUACAUCGACAUUCUUUGUGAAGCGAGGGCCGAUGUCCCUUAAGAGACGAAUAUGUUGA